UUAAGUUGGCAAUAGUGUCCUGUCAAGCAUAGGGAUGUCCCUGAAUUUUCGGAGUAAUUCCCUUAUUUAUCAGUAAUUUCCACAAUUUAAAUAACCUAGAUGAUUGAAUUUGCAAUAUGUGUAUUAUAUAAAUAUUAAUUAACAUUACUAUUAUUAACUGGUUGUAAUACGUAGUAAAAAAAUAAUUACAUUAUAAAUCAUUUCAAAUAAGUACAUAGUAGCUUAUUGGUAUAAAGAGACAUAUAAGAACAAAAUUAAAUACAUUGGAAUUUUUACUAUUGAAAAGUUAUAUAAUAUGGAUAUACCAAGAACGGAAUAUAUAAGAGAAUUUCCAUUACGGCAACAGUAUCCUAGUAUUAAACCGGCAAACAAAAAUCGACCGACAAACAAAAAUUUAUCCGAAAUAAAAGUAGGAACAAAUUUAUACUUGCAAUCAUUGGUAUCGACAAAAAUAAAAUCUUCGCCAAAAAUUAAUCUAAACAUGAAAGUUGAAUUUCAAAAGUUACGAUUAAAAUCACAAAGUGGUAAAGAUUUGGGGGAGUUUAAUGCGCAAGUAUUGCCUUUAAAUAACAUAAAAAGUAAAUCGCUUCUAAAACAGAAUAUAUUUAAAAACUUUAAUAGAUCUGUAUUAUUAUCAAAUCUAAUGUCACAAGAUAAUUCCAAAAAAUUGGUAACUCUAAUACCUGUUCAAUCAAUGAAAGUUAAAAAAGAUGAUGGCAAUGUUGACAACAAAAUACAUAAACCUAAAACCAUUCUUUUAAAAAGAAUUACCACUAACGACCAAUUUCAUAAAGAAAAACAGGAGGAUGCGAAUACUAUUGUAACAGAUAAUUGUAUAAAUAAUGAAUGUAAUAAAAAGGGAGAAUCUGAAUACAAUCAAAUUCAAAGUAUAUUGGUCAACAAUGAAAAUAACUUAAAAAAGAAAGAAAACAAGUAUUGUACUGUAACAUUAUUCGAACAAAUAGAUCAAUUAGAAAAUAAAAAUUCAUUAGAUGAAUUAGAAUAUAAAAAUUCAUUAGAUGAAUUAUCCAAAUCUACACAAAUUUUAAAAUCUAGAAAUGUUAUAGAUUCUACAAGUUUUUUAACUACAAUUCCAAAUAAAUUAGUAAGUAUAUCUAGUGAUGCAAAUAAAAUAAUAGACAAAGGUCCUGAUUUAGAUGAUCAGAAGUCUGGUAAUGGGGAAAUAAUUAAUAAUAAAAAAAAAACAUUGUUUUUAUUACCUAUAAAUAAUGAAGAUAAUACAGAUGUAUCUUCCAAACAAAAGCUGCCUAGAUUGUUGAAGAAAGGCGACGAUUUCACAUUUUCCUCAACAUUUGCAGAUAUUCUGCAAGAUGAAAGAAAUAAUAAAAAUAUUUCUGAAUAUAAAAAGAUUUUAGAUCAAAACAUGGAGACAGAUAAUAUAGGAUCACUGAAUGGCUAUUUUACAAAAAUAUACGAUGAUUCUUUAGUUUCUAUAAACAAUUGUAAAGGUAAUAUUGCUGUAAUCACUAAAGCGAGCGAUCAUGAAAAUUUUACAUCUCAAAAUAUCAAUGAUGAUUUAUCAACAAAUAUGUUAGACAACGAUUUACCAUUUCCAUACGAAUUGUCUUCUAGUUGGAGUAUUCUUAAUGAAAUAGUGAAUUAUAUAAAAGAAGAAACAAGUAAAGAUAAAGUGACAAAAGCCAUGAAAACCCUUUAUAAUUAUAUUACAAAGAAGCAAUCGAUUCCAUUACAUUUUUCAACAGAAUUUAAAUCGUUGAAUGGUGCCAAAUCACAAAAAGAUAUACUGGAGUCUAAAAAUUUGCCUCUUACGGAUGAAAAUAUAUCUGAUAUUUUAAAAAUAAAAUUAAAAGAAGUAUAUACAACUAAUACAAAUGAAAAUUGUAAUCAACGAAACAAUAUCUACAAUGAUUUUCCUAUGUCACUUUUGAAUGAACCGCAAAAAUCUAAUGAAUAUCUAGAACAAUUUACUAAAGAUAUAUGUACUAAAAAUAGUGGGGCUAAUAAAGUUCAACAAAUUCUAUCGCAAAGAAGUACAUUUCAUAACAAGAUUUUUGAACAAUUAAAAAAAGAUUUUGAAACUGUGACAAAAAUGGAUGAAACCGGAAUGUUGAAUAUACAUAAAGCUGUUAUCCAUAAUAGAAUUUAUGACGUUCAAAGAUAUCUUAUGGUACUCAAAGCUUGUAGCAUCGAUGUAGACAUACCAACGGAAUUCGAAAUGACAAGUUUGGAAUUGGCAGUUAAGCAUAAUGUGUCAACUGAAAUUGUUAAGUUAUUAUUAGAAUACGGCGCAAAUCCAGUGUCAUCUAAACAAAUACACGAAUCAGCUUUAAUAAUUGCCAGUAAAAAGAAUUACAUAUUAUUACCAGAACUUAUAAAACAUGUUACAUCCGUUGAAUUGCUAAAUAACGUAGAUUGUAUGGGUUUCGCCCCAUUACACUACUGUGCUCAAAAUGGAAACAUAAAAGGAAUUGCCUCAUUAAUAAAUAUGGGCGCUGAUGUGAAUCUGAGAGAAAAUAGAUUUGGCAGAACUGCGCUUUUUUUUGCUAUGGAAAAUAACCAUCCUUUAAUAGCAAAAAAACUUAUUGAAAAUGGAGCCAAUAUAAAUAUUCCAAAUUUUUCUGGACAUACAUUACCAUUAAGAGAUUAAAUUAAUCUAGAAGCAAUCUAUAUUUCUCACAAUUGUAUAUAUAAACAUAUUUAAAUAGAUAUACAGUAAAUAUUUAUACGUCUAUAAAUUUAAUAUAACAAGAUAAUAACAGGUGUGAACUAUUGACUGUGUGACGUUCCGCCACAAAAUUCCAUACCGGAUUUAUUUUUAUUUUUUCUCGUCUAAUCUUUUUUUCAAUAUUCUUUUACGAAGCAUUAACGUGGCAUAACGGACACCUCUUUCUCCAUUCGAUCUCAACGGUCGCUGACGCUCAAAUCAAAACGCAACAUAAGCAUAAUACAAGAUGGGUGGACUGAGCUCUCUUUCGCUUGGGAAUGAGAAGGGCGGGUAAGUGAAAAACCAUAGUUAAGUAUAUCAACAAAAAUAACUCAUAGCAAAGUAACCGAUACCCGGAAACGAAGACGUCGAGAAACUUAACACAUUAAGCGCCGGCUCAGUGAAAAUGUGGGUUUUUAAGUUUAUCACUUGAGUAUCGGCUCCAAAUUAAUGCGAGUUUCUGAGUCUAUCGCUCGAGCGCCGGCCCCGAAAUGUUGCGGAAUUUUUUUUCUUGUACGAGUGUCUUACACGUUGAUUUGCAUUUUUAUACUCCAAAAACAAAACGUAUACGAUGGUUCGGAAGUAAUAAAAUAUUUUCUUUAGCUACUCGUUGUUUAGAAACACGCAAAUAAGGUCGGCGUUUGGGCUUUAGAUGUCUUAUAUGUCGCCGGCGCUUAAUGUGUUAAGAAUUCCUGUGAAAACCAUAGGCACCAGAACGUCGCCAAAAGAAAUUCGAAUCUACCUUAGCCGUUGUUACCAUGAGCGAACCGAAUCAGACUCCCGCCAAUGCGACGUUGACAGAUACCUGAUUAGCACAUAGGCAUACUUAUGAUAAUAAUGUUAACACGGUGAAAUAAUUGUGUAUGACGAAAGAGCAAUAGGUAUGAAAUAGGGAGCACGUUACGCCUUGCGAUGUGUUUGUAGAGGAGGCGUGGACUGACUGACACCAAGAAAUGGGACCUAAGUCACCCCUACCAGAGUGAUCAUUGGCCCAUACAAGGAAAUCGACAUCAGACCGCGAGGCAUUGCAUUAAAAAUCACACCUACAUCAAUUAGUCGUUAUUACCAUUAUUAUAUUCGUUAUUACCGCCGUCAUUAACAUUACUUCAAGUUCAACGAUUCUCAAUUCACGCAUGACCUACGAAAUUAUCUCCAUAAUCAGUCAGCCCACGCUUCCGCUACUGACGACCAUCCUAAUUCGGAGCUCCUCGAAAAGAGCGUAAGCGACCGUCCGUGCCAAAAAGACUUACCUGUUCUAAUUUCUAUAAGUAAAAUAUCUUUGAGAAACAGA